UGAGUGAGUGAGGGGCCCGAGGUGCCGCAUGCUCACACACACACACACACACACACUCACACACACACCCAUACGCACGACCAUACACACAGCGCAUCUUUCAGACCACCCCUUGCUCCCGGCUCCAAGAGCCCAAGAAAGGCAGAGUGCUGAAGCCGGCUGCAGGAGGCAGUCCUCGACCUCGGCUGCCAGGGAGAGACGGAGCCUGUGGCUGGUGAGGCUGCCGAGCAGGGCCAGGCCGGGCCCUGCCCGCAAGGACGCCCAAGCCCUUCACCGGCCCCCGUGCCCGGGAGCCCCUCGGGCUCUCCUGCUGGCCCCACCAUGACUUCGGAGCCCACGUCGCCCCCCGUCGUGCCUCCGCUCCACUCCCCUAAGUCCCCUGUCUGGCCGACCUUCCCCUUCCACCGGGAGGGCAGCAGGGUCUGGGAGCGGAGCAGUGUCACAUCGCGGGACCUACCCAGUCCUCUGCCUACCAAACGGACCAGGACGUAUUCGGCGACAGCUCGUGCCUCUGCUGGCCCUGUGUUCAAAGGCGUCUGCAAGCAGUUCUCACGCUCACAGGGCCACGGCUUCAUCACCCCCGAGAAUGGGUCCGAGGACAUCUUCGUGCAUGUAUCUGACAUCGAGGGCGAGUACGUGCCGGUGGAGGGCGACGAGGUGACCUACAAGAUGUGCCCCAUCCCGCCCAAGAACCAGAAGUUCCAGGCUGUGGAGGUGGUGCUCACCCAGUUGGCCCCACACACUCCCCACGAGACAUGGUCCGGCCAGGUCGUGGGCUCCUAGGCCGGGCAGGGAGCCCCCCAAGGGUGGAUGGGCGGGUGGCAGCUGGCUCUCUGCCCUACUGCACUGGCUGACUCAGUCUCCCAGGUGGCCUCAGUGUGCACGUCUGUCUGUCUGUGCUUGUGGCCCUGAGCGUUUGCCUCCAACCACCCCUGUGACCCGUGACUAUUGUAUGAGCUGGACCAAGGAAGAGGCCACCAGACCUGCCUUCUCUCCUUGUCCACUCUUUCUCCUUCCUCCUCUCCCUGCCACAUGGGCACAGGACCUUCUCGCCCUUCUGCCCACUGUCCACGUCUCCACUGAGCCUCUGAGGGCCUGCGUCAGGCCUGGGGCUGGGAGCCAGGAGGCACCGCAGGCUCCUGCGGGAAUAAGCUUGCUGACUUGCCUCCACCCGAGGCCCUGGCUCAGGGCUAGACUCCGUGCUUGAGCUACUCACACCUCCCACCCUGGGCCAGGCCCCCCACAGUGGCCUGGACCCCACCCCUCAGAAACCAGGCCAGCGAGCACUUUGUGAGGCCUCCCAGGGCCUCCCAGCCCCUGGAAAGGGAAGCGGGUGAAAGGUGGAGGCAGGCAGGCCGCCCCUCAGCGCCAUGGCCCAGCCUUCCUUCCCCCUCCUCCCUCCUCAGCACUCACCCUGGACAGGCAGGACAGAGGGGUCUGAGGGCAGAAGGCAGUUUGGGGGCUCUAGUGUCGCUAGCCACAGUCCCUCCUCCUCAGCCUGGCAAUCGCUCUGCGAACCCCCAAAUGAGGCUGCAUCUCCUCCUCUGGGCCGCACCGAGCCAUGCUGCCUCCACGUGCCCGGGAGGCACGGGUCUGCAAAGGGGUGGGGACACGUCUCCCCAGCUUAGACGGAGCCAUCCCCUUUGCCCUGACACAAGCCCCACUGAUGCUCUGGCCACGCCCAGCCACGGUGGCUGUUGAGGGCCCAGCGACGUGUGGACACACGUCCCCUCAGGCAGGGCCAGGCUGGGGCACCCACGAGAAUGGCUGAGCCUGGGAGGCCACCAGCCCUGCAGCCCCCUUUCUGGACCCUCCUAACACCACAGGACGGUGGCUCCCACUGGCCCCCAAGCCAGUGGCUGAGUUGUGAUUCCUGUGCUGUCUGUCCCUUGAGAUAUGUGUUGUGUGCGUUCACUCUCAGGUGGGGGUUGGCCUGGCCUGGGAGGCCAGGAAGGAGGACUUUCCCUCCAUGUCCCCCACUACAUGCCAGAGAGCACAUCUGAUGGUGGGGGGGCGGACAGAAAUGGGGCUCAACAGCCCAAGAUGAGGGGGUCGGUGACUAUUUAAGAUCCCCAGCCCUUUAAGGCCCCAGGGUAAAGAUCAGCUGGAAUAUGUGUCCCACCCCUGCCCCCUGUCCCCACCACAGGCUGGGAGCCCAGAGUGGCUGAGAUGUGUUGGCCAGCAACCCCCCUAAACAGAGAAUGGCCCAGCUUGACACCCUAUUCUGAUCUGCGGCUAUUCCGGAAAAGCCUGAGGCCCUUCCCCUGAGAAAUAAGGGCUCCCUGGCCUCCUUAGUGGAGAUUUAACAGUACAGGUUGACUCCUGGGAGCCCCACAAGACGCCCCUCCUGUGAGUGGACCCCCCUUUUCAGGCACUAGCCAGGAGGUAGGACGUGGGAACAUCAGCCUGGGGGCCCCUGGCGUGGCAGCCGGGAGCAGCGCUCCUCACUCACAGCCCCGCGGCGUCCAGUCAGAAACCCUCCUGACCCCCCACCCUCCCGGACUCCCCCAUCUUUCCUGACACUGGCAAUAAACCCUCAACUGUGACUCAGCCUGGCCCAGAGAUGCCUCUGUCUGUCUGGGAUCCCGGGGGAAGGGGCUGCGGGGAGAACACCCUAAAUCAGCCCUUGUUUGGGGUCUCAUUGGCCCACCCUCCCUGACUGGAUCAAAGACUUCCUGUGUGACUUGGGGCAAGUCCCCGCCACCUGUG